AUGGCCUCGCCCUUCAGAUUGGAGGCGUGACGUUGUUCAUUUGUUACAACACCGUGUGUCAGGCAGAGACAGAGUUAAACAGCUUGUCAAGCCUGCUAACUCUUAUUCAAGCUCUUUUUUGACGCUGGCAAUAAUGGAUAAGGACAGUCUGAUUCUCCCCAAAGACUUUCCAGAGCUGAAGAACGACACAUUCCUGAGAGCCGCUCGAGGAGAAGAGAUUGAGCACAUUCCAGUGUGGUGUAUGAGACAGGCUGGCCGAUAUCUGCCAGAGUUCAGGGAAUCGAGGGCAGGGAAGGAUUUCUUUGAGACAUGCCGUUCCCCUGAAGCUUGCUGUGAGCUUACGCUACAGCCACUCAGACGAUUCCCAUUUGAUGCUGCCAUAAUCUUCUCUGACAUCUUGGUGGUCCCUCAGGCCAUGGGAAUGGAGGUUCAGAUGAGUCCAGGAAAAGGCCCCACAUUCCCAGAACCACUGAAGGAGCCUGAAGAUCUGCAGAGACUUAAGACUAAAGUGGACGUGUCGUCUGAACUCGACUACGUUUUUAAAGCCAUCACACUGACACGACACAGAAUAGAGGGAAAAGUUCCUCUCAUCGGCUUCACUGGAGCUCCGUGGACUCUAAUGUCCUACAUGAUUGAAGGAGGAGGCUCCACGACGCACUCAAAGGCUAAACGCUGGCUCUACAGGUUUCCAGAGGCCAGCCACAAACUCCUGAGCCAGCUAACAGACGUCAUAGUGGAGUAUCUUCUCGGGCAGGUGAAAGCUGGAGCUCAGGCUCUGCAGGUUUUUGAGUCUCAUACUGGUUGUUUGGGACCAGUGGAGUUUAAAGAGUUUUCUCUGCCAUAUCUGAGAGACAUUGCUCGCCGUGUUAAAGACAAGAUCAAAGAAUCUGGUUUGGACAAUGUGCCUAUGAUUGUUUUUGCUAAAGAUGGUCAUUAUGGGCUUGAGGACCUCUCUGAGUCUGGUUAUGAAGUGGUGGGUCUCGACUGGACCAUAGAUCCGCGUUCAGCACGUAUUAGGACUGGAGGAAAAGUUAGUUUGCAAGGCAACAUGGAUCCCUGCGCUCUGUAUGCCACAAAGGAGCGCAUAUCAGAGAUCGUGAGGAGGAUGUUGGAGGGCUUUGGAACCAAGGGCUACAUCGCUAAUCUGGGUCACGGCCUGUACCCUGAUAUGGACCCAGAAAAUGUGGGUGCGUUUGUAGAGGCCGUUCACACCCACUCUCGCCAGCUCCUCAACCGCAAAUAAGAUGCUACUUUUCUAUAAGAAGACCUGAAGCACAAGAGAAACAACAACUGUUGGUGUGCAGCACUAUAGCAUUAGAUAUGUAGGUAAACCUCUCUCAAAACCUGUCAAAAAAAUGUCCAGUUCACUCCCCAAUAUUUCACUCCAAAAUGAAAAGAAAUAAGAAAACAUUUUUUGCUUAGCAAAAAAGGAACAUCAAGAUUUUACAUUUCACAUUUCCCUCCCACAUUCUCAUUACCAUAAUGCAGAAAAGAUUCUCAUUCACAGUACUAUGUGUGUGAGUGUGUGUGUAUAUAUAUAUAUAUAUAUACGCGCACACACACACACACACAUUAAAUAUAAUAUAUAUUAUUUAAAUAUAUUAAUUAUAUAUUAUUAUUAUUAAUAAUAAUUAUAUAUAAUUAAUAUAUGUAUUAUUUAAAUUGAAAAAAGUAAAGCUUAAUUCAUGCUGAUUUUUUUUUUUUUUUUUUAAAUGCUCUUUUUAAAAUACUGUAUUACAGUAAUCAAUCAUAUAAUGAUAUGGACAAAGUAAAACUUGCUUUACAGUCAGUUUGGGGGUAAAAUGUGCCUAAAUGCCAAAUAUCUUGAUUGUCUGAAAUGUAGGCUUCAUUGUCCAUAUGCAAAAUAUAAAUUCUUUUUUCCUCCUAAUGAUUUUGUGGUGAAAUGUGACCCAGAUAUUUCCUGACAGGCUUUUGAGAGAUUCGCCCAAAAGGCUGUUCCCAACUCAUUUCAAUAAUUAUGUAGGCCGUCUUUCUAUUUUACCUACUUUUUAUAAUGGCUCCACACCAAUCCAUCUAAUCUUUAAUAUAAUUUUCAGUCGAAACAUGUCUUUCUCAGUUGGAUUGAUGCGUUUUCAUUAGAGCCGAUGCACUGUACGAUCACUGAAGAAUGUGGAAUAAGUGAAGAAGGAUAAAAUCUGAUUAAAUCCGAAGCGCUGUAUGGGUUUGUUUUUAAUGCAGUACCAUAGUAACAUCUAGGCUGAGACUGUCUUCACUGGAAUUGUGACUGACGCUAAUGAACCUCUGAGAAUGUAUGUACAUAUCAAUGGAUGUUUUAUAUGACGUGAAAUAAAGAGUGAUCCUUUUAAGACAAACACCCCUCAGGGGACUUUCUCCUAGCUGAAUGUCACAUACCUAAAUCACGUGCAACCAUUUUUUUUCCUAUUCCCUUUGUUUUGCACGAGUCUUUCGGUGGGGGGUUCACUCUCUUGAUCUAUGAUUACUGUCUCUCUUACUGCCUUUCACAUUUAGUAAUAGAAAUGUUAAUCCCAGAGGAUGUAAUAC